AUGAGCCAAACCUUGGACCGAGAUCUGCAAUCGCUGGAGAAGAACCUCGUUCAAAUGAAGAGCGAUCUCACAACCGAAAAGGAGCAAUUGCAGAAGGAAUUGACCCAGACGCUCUCCCGAUUCCAGGAAUUGGAAACAGCAAUGAGCGUACUCCAGCAUCGUUAUGAAAGUCGAUACAAGGAAUUCCACCGAAUGCGUCACGAGCGCGAUCAACUGACCGAGAGCAAGACCUCACUCGAGCAGCGCAUCGAGACACAGAAAGAGAACAUUACGAAAUUAAAGGAUGAAAGAACACAAUUGAAGCGCGAUCUUGAGCAAACUAGACAAGAGCUCAAAGAGGGAGGAGGGAGUGUGGCAGAAUUGGAGACUGCACGUGAAGAAAUCCGGCGCCUGGAGAAAGAGAACGCCAGUCUCGAGCGAAAAGCAGACUACGAACGAAAUCAGGCCGACUACACUCGCGAGCAAUACCAGAACGCAUCUACAGCCGCCGCUCAAUCUGGGACCGAGGCUCGGCAGCUACAAGAGGAGAACGAAGACUUAAAACGCAAAGUGGAAGGCAACGCAAUUCGCCUCCGCGAGCUCAACAUCCAAAAUGACACCGCUCGUCACCUUGCCCGAGUCGAAGAACUAGAGUUGACCCUCGUUGCCCGUGAUGAUCUUUUGCGCAAGAAAGAGGAGGAGCUUCGUGAAAUUCGCAAGAAUCGUCCUUCUACCCGCUCAACCAGCACUCAACCACGAAGUCCUAAAUGGGCCACCACCAGCCGUCCCACGAGCCCCGGUGCCAACGGCAACGGCAACAAUGGCCUUCCUGGCAGAGGAAGCGCGUUGAGGUUCAGCGCUGAAAGGCCAUUUUAA